UAAAUUUCCAAAACGCAGUCAAAAGCUAUUCAAAUAAUUCCAGUAGGAAGAGGAAACUAUGGGAGGAAAAUGCCCAAGCAGGAAAGUAAAGAAGCGAAGAUAUUCUCACAAAACAGCUCGCCGCGACAAAUUCCUCCUCAAAGGUGAUGACGCCGUUUAUGACGAGCUGCAAAAGGGUGAUUCCGAGAAGAAACCGUUGCCUCGCGAUGAGGAUUUGCCUGGAAUGGGUCAAUAUUACUGCUUACACUGCGACCGAUAUUUUGCGAAUUCGACUGUGAGGGAUGAACAUUUCAAGACGAAAAGACACAAGAAACGUUUGAAGCUGAUGUUGGGGCCUGCACCACAUACUCAAAUUGAUGCUGAAUUGGCUGCUGGGAUGGGCAUGCCAAAUAAUGGACCAACAUUAAUGUCAAUGUGAGCAGUGCUUGUUUGGCUCCAUCAAUGAUGUUCAUUGUUCUGUCGAUCAGUGGAUAAAGUUAGAGCUCCUGAUUCAUAGGAAUUUUGGGUGUUAUGAAAGGUUCCUUGUGAACUGAUUGUCUGACUGCUUUAGUGAUAAACCCCAUCUUGCUUCUGUAUUUUAAUGCUUCCCCGCAUAAGUGGUUUCGUUCCCUUUUUUU